AUGCCGAAAUGGAAAUCAGCGCUGUGGCUGGCAAUACCGCAAGACAACAGAGCAUCAGUGCCUCAGAUGUACCAACGUUACGCCGCCACAGCUGGAGCUCGUGAAAGCAACGAACAGCAGACAGAGAGCAACGACGCCACAGUCCAGCGGCUUCAAGACCAACAAGAAACCAUGCGUCUGUAUCACGCUCUGCUCGUGACUGCGGUUGCGCUGCUCGCCAGCAACGUCUCCGCCAGCUCGACCGACUGCGCAAUGACUCCUAUCGAGACCACCAGCGGAUCUGCUCCCAAGGACUCGUUCGACGGCUUCGACUCGUCCAACGACUCUCCGAUCCAGCAGGGCUCCACUACCAGCUCGGAUGUUGGUUCCAGUCAGGAGGUGUCCUCUGCCAGCGGUUCAUCGCCGAAGGACUCGUUCGACGGCUUUGACUCGUCAAACGACUCUCCAAUCCAGCAGGGCUCCGCCCCCGGCUCAGACGUUGGCUCUAGCCAGGAAGUGUCUUCGGCCAGCGGAUCUGCUCCCAAGGACUCGUUCGACGGCUUCGACUCGUCCAACGACUCUCCUAUUCAGCAGACCAGUUCGGAUCAGCUACAGUGGCCCCACUCCCGACUUCCCUGA